AUGGCCGCCGGCCGCCCAGAAAGGAAGAAGAGGCCCCAGCGAUACUGGGAGCGGGAAGUGACCCAGCCUGGACCCCCCAAGCCGGCGGAUCCUCCAGCCCCCAAGAAGCCCCGCCAGGAUGGGGCCCCCGUGGAGAAGCAGUUGAAGCCUGGCAGCAGGGACCGGAUUUCGGGGUCUGUCGUCCCCCGCGAGCGCCUGCAGAAGUUCCAGCGAGGGGCCAAGCUGAAGGGGAAGGCGUCCAACAAGGUGCUCCGGCACCAGCUGGCCCUGCAGGAGGAGAAGGCCGAGGUGGCAGCGAAGCAAGCCGCACGGAUGGACCUGCUGCUCCUGGAGGACCCUGGCUUCCUGGAGGGCGAAGAGGGUGAGGAAACCUGCAGGAUCAGCCAGGCCGACAUUGCCGACAGGUUGUUCAGCCUAGUUGCCGUCAGUGCGAAGAAGCCUGUGGGGUGUCGCACCCGGGUCUUCUGCCGCAGGUGGCUGCACACGGAGACGAUGUUCGCGGUGGCCCAGCGCCAGUGGCUGUACGUGUACGACAACCAAGGCGUGGAGCUGAACUGCCUGAAGCGCUUCCACCGGGUCCAGCGGAUGGAGUUCCUGCCCUACCCCUUCCUGCUGGCCACGGCGAGUGAGACGGGGUUCCUACAGUACCUGGACGUCUCCGUGGGCAAGGAGGUGGCCACCCUCUGCACCAAAGGAGGGCGCCUCGGCGUCAUGACCCAGAACCCCUCCAACGCCAUCGUCCACCUGGGGCACGCAAUGGUGAGCACGGUGACGUUGUGGAGCCCCAACGUCAAGGAGCCCCUGGUGCGGAUGCUGUGCCACCGCGGGGCCGUGAGGGCCUUGGCUGUCGACCGCUCCGGGACGUACAUGGCAACCUCCGGGCUGGACCGGAAGCUCCACAUCUACGACCUGCGGGCCUACCGGCGCCUCCACUCCUUGCUGCUGCCCACGGGGGCCGGGCACCUCGACUUCAGCCAGAGGGGACUCCUGGGGGCUGCCUGUCAGGAGGUGGUCCAGCACGGCCUGCGCUUCUGCCCCUUUGAGGACGUGCUGGGUGUCGGUCACGGAGAGGGCUUUGCCAGCCUCCUGGUGCCAGGAGCCGGAGAGCCCAACUUCGACGCCCUGGAGAGUAACCCCUUCCGGAGCCGGAAGCAGCGCCAGGAGUGGGAGGUCAAAGCCUUGCUGGAGAAGAUCCCGUCGGAGCUGAUCUCGCUCGAUCCCGGGCAGCUGGGCACCCUGGACGCCGUCUCCCUGGACCAGCAGCACCAGGAGCGGGUGGCCAGGCUGGGCUUCGACCCCCAGGACAAAGGCAAAUUCUCCCCCCGCCGGCGGCGGAAGGGGCGGGACUCGGCCGGCGGCCGGCUGAAGCGAAAACAGAAGGUGGCGGCCGAGGAGCAACGGGCCGCCCUUCGGAAGACCCUGGCAGCCCAGAAGGGCCGGGCACCCAAACGUCAGACCCCACGAGAGGCGGUUCCUGCCGCUCAGCAGUCGGCGUUGGAUCGCUUCCGGAAGUAGGCGCCGGGUCCGGAGGAGGAACUGCCCCCCGUGGGGGUGAAGAGGGGCCUCUGGCACCCGUGGAGUGUGGUGGGAGCGGGGGGGGAGGGCGUCUUUCUGCUGUGCCCCGUUGGGCGUGUGGGGCUCUCGGCCUGCCCGGCUGGUGCCGACCUCACUGGUGCCAAUGUUCGGGUUUUGUGCCCGGCCCUCCGAAUGGCUCCGAGCAUCGCAAAGAGGAAGGUCCUGCUUCUUGGGCUGGCGCGGGGACUUAUCUGAGAAGGCCCCCCCUGUUACGGACAUUUUUGAUAAAGCACCUC